UGAGAGAAUGCUGAGAGAACAUUCACACACAUCAUAAUAUUAUUCAUGAAGAGGAUCUGUUUCAUGCGACUAGUAAAUAAAUCAGUCAUUAAAACAGUUCCUCCGGACUGACGCACAUAAACAUGUGCAGACGAGAUUUACAGGGAGUGAAAGUCCUGCUGAAAAACCCUGACAUCACACCUGACAGCUUCAAUACAUCAGAGAAAACUAACAAGAGGAUUGACCACGUCCAGCCCACUGAUGACCAUUCCAGAAAUAACAACACACAGCCGGCCAAAAGAGAAGACUGGAAACAAACAACAGAUCAUUUCAUAAAACACACAUCUGUGAUGAGGAAGAUCACUGGCUGAAGUCUCAGAUGUUUCUCCUGAGAAAGAGAGUCAGAAAUCUGACAAACAUGUGUGUCAUGAGAGUUUGAGAAGAGACGUCAACAAUGUGUCAGACUGAGCUCAGAUUCGUCGUGUCUGCAAACAAAAGUCAAUAUUAUUGAAGAUCUCAAUAUCAACUCAAACAUUUCUCAUCACAUUUACUCAAAUGCAGAUGUGCAAAAAUGAUAUAUCCAUAGUAAACUAGAAGUAAGAUGUUAGGUUCACUUAAAGCAGGCCGUAUAAAAACUGCUAAGCUAGUCUACUGAGAGUAUGCUUCAAAAUGUACUUUCAUCUACAAAAAGUAUUGAACUAAAUCAGUGAAGUGACACAACACUGGUCGGUAAGAACUUCCUGUUUCAGUUUUUUGACACUUGACAAAAAUGCUUCUUCAAUGGCAUCGCUGUGAAGAAAGCACCUUUAUUUUGAAGUGUAUGUACACGUAUGCGUUUAUAAAUACAAAAUAAUAUGCACGUUACACAGACAUAUAUGAUGUAAACACAAACUUUUAUUCUGGAUGGGAUCUUGCUACAUGAAGCAUGCUUUUAAAUGCACUUGAACUACACUUAAGUAAACCUAAUAAACUGAAGUAGACUUCUUUUUUGUGAGAGUAUGCAACAAAGAGAAUGGACGGCGAGCUGAUGGGUGACUUGUGAUCCUGUCUGAUGAGGAUUUGUCACGUCUCAAAGGCUAACGGUUGAUGUCUGCUGGACUUGUGUGGGAUGAGUAUCACAGCUCAGCAUUACAGGAAGUCUUCAUCUAUCCCUUUAGCGUGUCUGAUUACACAACGUGAAGGACGACAGGUUUAGAUCAGGUCUGAUACAGGAAUAGAGCUGGAGGUGGAGUUCUGAAGGACUGCGUGUGAUUAUGGGUAAUCCCUCUUUAAAUACCCCUGAAGAGUAAAGUCGAGCGUGUGUGGAGGACAACAGAGAGGGCGCUCAGAGACCAGACCAGACCGGACCGGACCGGACGUGUGGAGUGUAGGUGUCGUCUGAAGAGGAUGAAUUUUGCAGCUCAGUUUUUCUACGCUAACUUCGUGAACGAUGGCACGUCGCCUCAGGAGACGCGGAGAACUUUCAAUGACAGCGAGGAAUACGAUCCCUUCUGGCAGAGGUGGGAUAGCGCCGAAUCUCCACUGUGUAGAGAGUCUCAGAUACCUUCUACUUCCCAGAAUCCUCUGGGGUCUGAGAGACGCGAUAGUUCAGAGACAGCUGUGGAGUUUAAACCUGUAGUUUCGGAUAGAGAUCAUGUGGCGUUUCCGCGGUUUUCCCCGUCCCAUCCCGAGUCCCUCACGCUUGCACCUAAAAUCCUUGAGACGCUCAAACCUGAUGUGAUCGGCCAUCCUGACACAUCUUCAUCAUCAUCAUCAUCAUCCGCAGAACGCAUGAAGAGCGCUCGAGUGUCUCCAGCUCCAGCGCCUCCAAAAACACGCUUUCCCAGUGGAGCUUUACAGACGGAGGAGAUUCCUUCAGUGUCCAGUUCUCCUGUAGAUUCAACAGCGAACUCCUCAUCUGUAGAUUCUUCUCUUCCAUCCCAUCCAGAAAACAACCCGCUCCUGUUUCUCCUCCAGACGUCAGUCUACAUCUUCCUCAAACUCCUCCUCUCCCUCCUCCUCCUCUUUCUGCCACGUUCAGAACAGCGCCGAGGUUCCACCAGACCCGACUGCUCCUUUCACAGCGGCCCGUGUCUGAAAGACGCACACAUCAGCAACGGCCAGGCGGGUCGACGCUCAACCCUCAUCUGCCCAGAACGCCUCAAAGAUUUCGGAGCGGAGGAAUAUCUCAACGGCGAUGUGAAGGUCUUUGAGACUAGUGUCACAGAGCCACCAGAGAUCCAGUUAAUGUCCACACCAAAACCUGCUGCCAAGAGAGGCGCUGAGAGCAAGACCACAUCUAAACCUGUGAGCGAGCGUCUCCGCUUCGAAGACAUCAGUGCGGCUGCAUUUAAACUCCAGAAGUCUGGGAUUCAGAAAACUCCCUGUACCUAUUCCAGACUAUCCAAACAGUACGGGAUGGAAAUUUACCUGAAGAAAGAACAUCUUCAUUACACGGGUUCUGUGAAGGAGAGAGGAGUCCUGUGCCUGCUGUCUUCACUACAACAGGAUCAGCAGAGGAAAGGUGUGAUCGUGGCCGCAGACUGUAAUUUCUCAAUGGCGGUAGCUCAUCACGCUGUGGAGAUGAGAAUCCCGGUGUUUGUCAUCGUGCCGGCACACAGCUCACCAUCACGACUUCGUAUGUACAGAGACUACGGCGCCAUGGUCAUCUCGUACGGCAGCACUCCUCGAGAUUCUGUGAAUCACGCUCGCCACCUCGCCAGAGAGAACAGAUACCUGUGUCUGGAGGAGGACGACAGUGCCGUGUAUCUGGCAGGUCUGGGAACAGUUGGUUUGGAGAUCUACGAGCAGGUGUCCAAACUGGACGCUGUCAUUGUUCCUGUGGGCGGUCACUGCGGUCUUCUGGCAGCAACUGCUGCGGCCAUCAAACACCUGAACCCUCGCAUCUCUGUCAUAGGUGCUGAACCGGAGGAGUUUCCUCUUCUGCUGCGGUCACUCAAAACAGACUCGCCCAUCACAGAUCUCUACUGUAACCCCAAUAAAAAACUUUACAGAGAUCUGGUGGAACACUCUUUGGGGACGCUCACCUUCCAACUGGCCAAGAAAAUGGUGGAUCAAGUGAUUUCUGUGAGUUUCAGCUUUUUCCAGAUUCUGCAAGGGGUGUGUCAACUUUUGAGCACAACUGUAAAGUACACUUACUUGUAUAAUUUGAAGACUAAAAGGGAGGCAGACGCUCUGGUGGCGAUGCUGAGACUUCAGGAGUAUGAACACUCAACAGUGGACACAGAGGGUGCUAUGGGUUUAGCGGCUAUCUUAGCUGGUCAGCUGCCUGAACUUAAAGGCAAAAGGGUGGCUAUUGUAGUGAGCAGUGCUAACAUGGAUCUGGACCUGGUUCUGCAGUGUGUGGAACGUGCUCUGGUUCUAGAUGACAGAGUCAGUCGCUUCACCGUCCAGCUGGGCGAAUGGCCCGGAGACAUGGCCAAACUACUGGACGUACUGGCUCGAGAGGACGUCCGGUUGUUGGAUGUUUGUCACAGGCGUUACAGUGAUAAAUCAGAUAUCUUCAAAGCUCAGGUCGAGUGUGUUGUUGAAACAUGCGAUAAAACUCAGAACUGUCAACUGAGACGAACGCUGUCAGACCGCUACCCGACACUGCGCUGGCUGGACCGCUGAUCGCGCACAAACACACGGGAAACCAAAGUAACACUUCAUCGGUAUUUGACACUGUAACAAAACUGCUGCGUACAUUCUGUGAUAGAGAAUAUAGAAAGAAAACGCAUCUUAUAAACACUCGACUAUUAUUUCUAUUUUUAAUAUUUAUAAAAGCAACGAGCAAAUGAAAAGUUUGGUUCCAAAAUGAGAUAACUUUAGUUUUUAAAAAUGUAAAAAAUCAUGUUUUUUUAUUGUGCAUUCCAAUUAAUUUCAAUCAAACUGCAGUUGGUUUGUUUUGAUAACAAAAAAAUACAGCUCACUAACACAAUAAAAACAUCAUAACAUCAUAAAAAACAUGAUUUUUGACUAAUUUAAAAAACGGAGUUAUCUCGUUUUGGAACCAAACUCUUCAAAUAUUGAUCUCUCAAAAGCUAUUCCAGAUGUCAUGAUUCUUAUAUUCGUCUUCCAGACAGGACAUUGGUUCUUCAGGGUGUGAGGUUAUUCUGUACAUAAUUUUCGUUAUAGACAUGACUAUAUAUGUUAGCUAUAUUCACGUGUUUUGUCAAUGAAAUAAAAGUUGAUUCAGAUAAUGCCCUGCAUGUUUUAAUUGUGUGGUCAUAUUUUAAUUUAAGAUGAUUCUGUAUCAUCAGAUGUUUAACUGAUCAGAUCAGUGUCUGGUACUAGAGUAAGUGAAGAUACAGAGUAAACCACACAGUGUGACAGAGACUCGUGUUGCUGAAGAGUCUCAGGCGAUUAGACUUUAAAUCUUUAAGUCUAUAAGCUCAGGACACCUU